CUGUGUCUCACAUCUCUCUCUCUCUCUCUCUCUCUCUCUCUCUCUCCCUCCCUCCCUCCCUCCCUCGCUCCCUCCUUCUCCUUCCCUCUUCUUACCUCGCCCUCUCAUCCCUGUCCCCAAUUCGUUUUCAGAGAGUUUGACGGGUUGGAUGCUAGUUUUUCUUCGGGUAAGGAAACCCUAAGUCGACGCUUGCUUUGUUCUUCAACAGCCGGCGAUAUUGUAGGGCGGUAACGUGCUUUAGAGCAGUGUAGAAGUGACGCUACAAAUGGAUGGAGGACCGGGUGCUUACAAUCCGCGGACGGCGGAGGAGGUUUUCAGGGAUUUUAGGGGCAGGAGGGCUGGGAUGAUCAAGGCUCUUACUACUGAGGUGGAGAAGUUCUACCAGCUCUGCGAUCCUGAGAAGGAUAACUUAUGUCUGUAUGGAUUUCCUACUGAGACAUGGGAAGUAAACUUGCCUGCUGAGGAAGUCCCUCCGGAGCUUCCUGAGCCUGCAUUAGGCAUAAAUUUUGCCAGGGAUGGCAUGGAUGAGAAGGACUGGCUAUCACUAGUGGCAGUUCACAGUGAUGCAUGGUUACUGGCUGUCGCAUUCUAUUUUGGUGCGCGCUUUGGAUUUGACAAAGAAGCAAGGAAGCGGUUGUUCAACAUGAUUAACAACCUGCCCACCAUAUUUGAAGUUGUCACAGGAUCCGUCAAGAAACAAUCAAAAGAAAAAACUCCCAAUGGCAACAACAAGAGCAGCAAACCAAACUCAAAGCCCUCACAGCCCUCCCAACCCUCCCAGACUAAGACGUCGAAGUUGGCUCUUCCAAAAGACGACGACGACGAUGAGAGCGAAGAAGAAGAAGACGAGGAGGACGAGCAUGGGAAUACCUUAUGCGGCGCUUGCGGCGACAACUACGCAAAUGAUGAGUUCUGGAUAUGCUGCGACAUUUGCGAAAAAUGGUUCCAUGGCAAAUGUGUUAGGAUCACUCCAGCCAGGGCCGAGCACAUCAAGCAAUACAAGUGCCCUGCUUGUAGCAACAAGAGGGCCAGGGCAUGAAAGAUUAGUAAUUUUAUUAUGUUUAGUUUAGUUUUGUUGUUUUAGUUCUCUGAUGUCUGAACCUUUUGCAAUUGCAGUCUAGACUUCUGAUUAUUACUGUGUUUGGGCAUGUUAAUGAUUAUUGGUCUCUGCAGUGCUAAAGCUGAACCUUUGUGUUAGUCUUUGAUUUAAUUCUGGAUUGAUCAGGUUUUUUUAGUUAGAAUUGUAUGUUAGAUCAAAUUUAUCUU